AUGCAUGCUAAUAUAUCUGAAAAAGAAAAUUUACCUGAAGAAAUAUCAAUAUCAGAAGAAAAUCAUAUAAAAUCAUUAGCAUUAGGAGAUAUUAAUAAUAAUGAUAAUAGUGAUGAAGAAAUAGAUGAAGAUAAUAAUGAUGCUCGUACUAAAUAUAAUAUUGGUACAGAUUCAUGUAUUCAACCUAGUGAUUUUCAUGAUUUUCUACUUUUCGAUAAAGAACCAUCUGUAGUAGCACCAGCAGAAAAAAAUAAAUUAAGUUCCUUGUUAACAGAUAAAACAAUUGAAGCUUUAGCUUUUCCUCAUUUAUUUCCAGAUGGAAAAGGAUCAUUUGACGAAGAGCGUGAAAUAAAAAUCAAAUGGAAAGAAUAUUGUAAAACACGUUUGUUUUCAUCCGACUCGCGUUUCGCUGCUGAUUCAAGCUAUAUCUUUUUCCUACAAUACUUAGGCGACUUGAAACAAGUAUAUUCGGGAAUCAACAUUGCUUUUCGAAAAAAAUUACCAAUCAAUGCAAAACAAACUUUAGACGAUACGCAAAUGAAAUUUCUAAUGAAUAAAGAUAUGAUCUAUCGCCAUUUGCAAUGCGUUCGAGGUAGUCCACAAUACUGGCAUAAACGACUGAAAGAUUUAUUCGCAAUGACACGUCAAUUAGGUUUUCCAACUUUUUUCCUUACACUAUCAUGUGCUGAUCUACGUUGGAAAGAAUUUAAUGAUACGUUCGUCCGUCAUACUGGUGCCCCCAUUAAAGAAUCAUAUACGUUUGAAGAAAAAACUAAACUAUUGCGAGCUAAUCCUGUUUUAGCAGCACGCUUGUUCGAGAAAAGAUUCAUGACUUUUAUGAAUUUCUUUAUAAAAAGUGGAGCAUCAUGUUUAGGCAAAGUAAACGAUUGGUUUGCUCGUAUUGAAAUGCAAUUACGAGGCUCACCACAUUCACAUAUGCCAAUUUGGGUUGAAAAUGCUCCGAAAUACAUCGGACCUCAAACCGAUGAAAAAACUCGUCUCGAAAUUGUCAUAUUUUGUGACAAAUAUAUUACAACACGAUUUCCAUCACUGGAAGAAGAUCCUGAAUUACACAAUAUCAUUAAAGAAGUACAAACUCACUCACGCAAUCAUUCAAAAUCUUGUUUAAAAUAUCAUAAGACAAUGUGUCGUUUUGGAUUUCCUCGACCAGUUGCUCGACGCACAUUUAUAUGUGAACCAAUAAAACCAACUACUGAUGAAGAAAAAGAACAUUAUAAAGAGAUUAAAAAAAUUCUCACUGAAAUGAAUGGAACAAUGAACCUCUUAGAAAAACAAAAAGUAUUGGUAUGGUCUGAUUUUAACAAUCUACUUAUUAAGUAUAAUUGGACUUAUGAUGAUUAUGAACAUGCACUAUGUAUAGUACAUACUAGAACUAUCAUGAUUCAUAAAAGAGAACCUAAUGCAAGAUGGGUUAAUCAAUAUAAUGAAGAAAUAUUAAGAGCAUGGGAUGCUAAUAUGGAUAUACAAUUUGCAUUUGAUCCAUAUGCAUGUGCCAAAUACCUUAUGUCAUAUACAACAAAACCAGAGAGAGAAAUGAGUCUGUUACUUGAAGCUACUCAUAAAGAGUGUCGUGAAGGUAAUAUGACAGCACGUGAGGAAAUGAAAAAAUUAACAGGCACAUUUUUUAAUCAUCGACAAGUUAGUGUGCAAGAAGCUAUUUAUUGUGCAACUAAAAUGCCACUAACUUAUUCAAGUCGAGGUUUUGUUUUUAUACCAGCGCAUUCUAACAGCUGUAAAUUUUUGAAACCACAUAAUAUACUGAAAGAAAUGGAUCCAGAUGAUCAAAACAUUUAUAUGUCUAAUUUAGCUGACAAGUAUUUUGAUAGACCAAACGAUCCUGAAUUCGAUAUUUGCAUGGCAGAUUUUGCGUCUGAAUACGAAAUUGUAUCUAUAAAUAAAAAUGUGAAAAAUCCCAAAACACCAAUUAAACGAUUACAAACGCUAAAUUUUGCAGUUAAGAAACGUGUUAAUCGUAAUGCAAUCAUACGAUAUCCUUACUUUAAUCGAGAAACAGAUAAAGAAAAUUAUUUUGAAAAUUUACUUUGCCUAUAUUUACCUAUAAGAAGUCGAGAAGAUUUGAAAAAACCUUAUGAAUUAUUUUAUCAAAUAGGUGAAAUAUUUGAUAAUCGACAACAAUGCAACGUAAAAGUAAAAGAUGUUGUACAUGAAAAUCGAAGAAAAUUUGAAAGUAAUAUAAAAGAAACAGGAGAGGCAGAAUCAUUAUUCAAUCAACUAUCAUUGACUUUAAAAGAUAAUGAUUGGGCUGAAAUUGUUGCUAAUAAACAAAGCAAUAAUAUAUGGUCAACAGAUAUUGAACAAUAA